AGACCACCGUUCAUGCCUCCUCCCAUGGGCAGCAUGCCCCCACCUCCCGGCAUGAUUAAAAAAAGGUCUGCACCGGGAACACCAGCAAUGCCCCCAGCCGAGGAGAUCUGGGUGGAGAACAAGACUCCUGAUGGCAAGGUGUACUUCUACAACGCACGGACACGCGAGUCGGCCUGGACGAAGCCGGACGGGGUGAAGGUCAUCCAGCAGUCGGAGCUGACGCCCAUGCUGGCGGCACAGGCCCAGGCCCAGGCCGUGGCGGCCUCCACCCCCACCACCAGCAGCCCUGGUGCUGCAGCCUCUCCAUCCACCUCCUCCAGCACGCAGUCCUCCACCACCUCCACCACCACCACGGCCACGUCGGUGUCACAGACCAACUCCACACCUACCACACAAGACCAGACCCCGAGUUCGGGUGUUUCAGUUGCCACACCAUCAGUCAGUGUUUCAACCUCUGCUCCUUCUGCUACACCUGUGCAGACUGUACCCCAGCCAGUCCCACAGACAUUGCCUCCUGCAGUUCCUCAUGCAGUACCUCAACCAACUGCAGCAAUUCCUGCUUUUCCACCAGUAAUGGUACCUCCAUUUCGUGUCCCCCUUCCUGGCAUGCCUAUUCCACUUCCAGGUGUAGCAAUGAUGCAAAUAGUCAGCUGCCCGUAUGUAAAGACAGUCGCUACCACCAAGACCGGAGUCCUGCCAGGCAUGGCCCCCCCUAUCGUGCCCAUGAUCCACCCCCAGGUGGCCAUCGCGGCCUCCCCCGCCACGCUGGCCGGGGCCACCGCUGUGUCCGAGUGGACAGAGUACAAAACUGCGGAUGGAAAGACCUACUACUACAACAACAGGACCUUGGAGUCCACCUGGGAAAAACCCCAAGAACUGAAGGAAAAAGAAAAAAUGGAAGAGAAGGCCAAAGAGCCAAUUAAGGAGCCCUCAGAGGAGCCUUUGCCAAUGGAGACAGAAGAGGAAGAGCCGAAAGAAGAGCCUAUAAAAGAACUGAUCAAGGAGCCGAAAGAGGAAGAGAUGACGGAGGAGGAGAAGGCAGCACAGAAGGCCAAGCCUGUUGCCACCACCCCCAUUCCAGGCACCCCCUGGUGUGUGGUGUGGACUGGGGAUGAGCGAGUGUUCUUCUACAACCCCACGACGCGGCUGUCCAUGUGGGACCGACCCGACGACCUCAUCGGCAGGGCUGACGUGGACAAAAUCAUCCAAGAGCCUCCCCACAAAAAAGGAAUGGAAGAAGGAAAAAAGCUUAUCAGAGAAGAGCACGAAGCUGCAGAGGAAGCAAACGAAGAUGAGCCUAUUAAGAUAAAAAAGCGCAAGAAAGACGAUAUCAAAGACAUUGAUUCUGAGAAGGAAGCUGCCAUGGAGGCUGAGAUUAAAGCUGCUCGGGAGAGAGCCAUCGUCCCGCUGGAGGCUCGGAUGAAGCAGUUCAAGGACAUGCUGCUGGAAAGAGGGGUUUCUGCCUUUUCAACGUGGGAGAAGGAGCUGCACAAGAUUGUGUUUGACCCUCGUUACUUACUGCUUAACCCAAAAGAAAGGAAACAGGUGUUUGAUCAGUAUGUGAAAACCCGAGCCGAGGAGGAGCGCAAGGAGAAGAAAAAUAAAAUAAUGCAGGCCAAGGAGGACUUCAAGAAAAUGAUGGAAGAAGCAAAGAUCAAUCCAAGAACUACUUUUAGUGAAUUUGCAGCCAAGCAUGCUAAAGACUCGAGGUUCAAGGCAAUUGAAAAGAUGAAAGAUCGAGAGGCCUUGUUUAAUGAGUUUAUCACAGCGGCAAGAAAGAAGGAGAAGGAAGACUCGAAGACCAGGGGAGAGAAGAUCAAAAUGGACUUCUUUGAGCUGCUGGCAAACCACCACCUGGACAGUCAGUCUCGCUGGAGCAAAGUGAAGGACAAAGUGGAGACUGACCCGCGGUACAAGGCUGUGGACAGCUCCUCACAGAGGGAGGACCUGUUCAAGCAGUACAUCGAGAAAAUAGCCAAGAACUUGGACUCGGAGAAGGAGAAGGAGCUGGAGCGGCAGGCGCGGAUCGAGGCCAGCCUGCGGGAGCGAGAGCGGGAGGUGCAGAAGGCUCGCUCGGAGCAGACCAAGGAGAUCGACCGCGAGCGGGAGCAGCACAAGCGCGAGGAGGCCAUCCAGAACUUCAAAGCACUCCUGUCAGACAUGGUGAGAUCCUCGGACGUGUCCUGGUCCGACACCAGGAGGACUCUGCGCAAGGAUCACCGCUGGGAGUCAGGGUCUCUCCUCGAGAGGGAGGAGAAGGAGAAGCUCUUUAACGAACACAUUGAGGCACUUACCAAAAAGAAGAGGGAACACUUCAGGCAACUUCUGGAUGAAACUUCAGCGAUAACUCUAACAUCAACAUGGAAGGAAGUGAAAAAAAUCAUUAAAGAAGACCCCAGGUGCAUUAAAUUCUCCUCGAGCGACAGGAAAAAGCAAAGGGAGUUUGAGGAGUACAUCCGAGACAAGUACAUCACUGCCAAAGCCGAUUUCCGGACGCUGCUCAAGGAGACCAAAUUCAUCACCUACAGAUCCAAAAAGCUGAUCCAGGAGUCGGAUCAGCACCUGAAGGACGUGGAGAAGAUCCUGCAGAACGACAAGCGGUACCUGGUGCUGGACUGUGUGCCGGAGGAGCGGCGCAAGCUCAUCGUGUCCUACGUGGACGACCUGGACCGGCGCGGGCCGCCCCCGCCCCCCACCGCCUCCGAGCCCACGCGCAGGACAACCAAAUAG